AUGUUAAACGAAUCAACAUUAUCGACAAUUCUACUUCGUAUUGAACAUUUAUUCGAUGGUCAAUCAUCAUCACCAACAUCAUCAUCAUCAUCAUCACAUAAAAUAUUACAAAGAAAUACUGAAAAUUUAUUUCCUAUUUCAACAUCAGAUGACUUUCUUUCUGAUCUUACUCUUAGUAAUGAUAUUGUUGAUGAACUAGAUUGUUAUCUAAAAAAUGGUGAUGAUCUUUCUAAUAGUAGUCAUACAUCAUCACCAAUAAUUCCUCCAUCAUCUAUUUCAUUAAUACAACAAACAUCAUCUCAAUUUGAAUUUAUAUUAAAUGCUUUAACAUCAUCAUCAGCAAGAAUUAACGAAGAAACAACAACUUAUUUAAAUCAAGGUCAACCAUAUGAAAUUAAAUUUUGUGUCAAUAAUACAUCACCAUCAGAAAAUAUUCUUCCAACUUUUUAUCGUUCUAUAUUACGUUUAUGUUUUUGGGAUAAAAUAUUACAAAAUCAAGAACGUGAAUUAAUACAAAAAUGGUUAAAUGAAUAUCAAUCAACAUCAUUAUUUGAUAUUGAUAUGAAUUUAACAUAUGGAAUUUUAUCAAUAAUACGUGCAAGACAAAUACCAAAUGCUGUUGAAAUUGUUUGGGAUACAUCUACAACACCAUCAUUAUUUAUUCGUUUUAAAUGUACAUCAACUGAUUUUGCACAUAAACGACAUGGUGGUGAAAAAGGUAUACCAUUACGUAUACAAAUAGAUACAUAUAAUGAAAAUGAUGUUGAUGAUAUAAAACAUUUAUAUUCAUGUUGUUGUAAAAUUCAAUUAUUUCGUUUAAAAGGUGCACAAAGAAAAAAUAAAGCUGAUAAAAUCCGAAUUGAAAAAUUAAAUAUUGAUCAACGUCGACAAUAUCAAACAAUACUUGAACAUACUAUAUUACAACCAUGUAUUGUUUUACCACUUUAUACACUUAAUCUUCUUAGUCUAUCUUAUUCACCAGAUGAUUUAUCAAAUGUUUAUACACAAUCUACAAUGACAACAGAAAAUAUAACAGUAGAAAAUGAAAAUUGUAAUAAGAAAUUACAAGAAAAACGAAAGAAUAAUGUCGGAUAUUUAUCAUCGUCGUUAUCAGAUAUAAAACAUAGUUAUUCGGAUUUGCAAAAUAAUGAAGUUAAAAUAACGACAAAAAUUACUGUACAAUCAUCAUGUGAAGAAGUAUUGAAUUGGUUAAAUAAUAAUAAUUUUUCUUCAGUUGUUAAUCGAUUUCAACAUUAUACAGGUAUUGAUCUUUUACGAUUGACUAUGAAUGAUAUUCGUCGAAUAUGUAAUGGUGAUGAUUCUAUUAGUAUUCGUCUUUAUAAUCAAUUACAUGAAAUUGUUGUAGCACCAUUAAAAACUCUUUAUGUUAAAACUUCUAAUACCAAUAUUUAUUCCGCUAUUUAUUUACAUACAUUAACUAGACAUGAAUUGGAAAAAAAACUUUUCGAAUUAAUUCAACAAACUCAAAAAGAUGAAUAUAAUCUAGUGUUUGAAUUAGAUAAGAUUAAAAUAAACAUAGACAACGAUGAUGUUGUUAAAUAUUCUUUACUUGAUAAAGGUCAAUUUGAUUUAAAAAUUUAUCCUUGUGAAAUAAUUCUUUGUUUGAUAAAUAAUUCUAUCGACGAUUUUCUUUCAUUAAAAAAAAUUGUUGAUAGUGGUGCUGAUAUUGCCAUUGUUGGUGGAGGAUUUCUUGGUAGUGAAUUAGCAUGUGCUUUAGCUAAUCGAGUAAACGAGCAUACUAAAAAUGGAAAACCAAGUGGAAAAAUUGUUCAACUUAUGCCAGAAAAAGGUAAUAUUAGUAAGGUAUUACCAGAAUAUUUGAGUAAAUGGGCAACAGAACGUGUUCGAGAAGAGGGUGCUGAAGUAUUACCAAAUGUUGAACUUAUUAAUGCUUCAAUUCAAGAUGGAAAAAUUAAUUUAGCUUAUAUUGAUCCAAAACAACCACAAAAAACAAGUUAUAUGACGACUGAUCAUAUUGUAGUUGCUGUUGGUAUAGAACCAAAUACUGACUUAGCUAAAUCAGCUGAUUUAGAAAUUGAUCCUGAUCAAGGUGGUUUUCUAGUUAAUGCUGAACUACAAGCUCGUCAUAAUGUUUGGGUUGCUGGUGAUGCAGCAUCUUUUUAUGAUAUUAAAUUAGGUCGACGUCGUGUUGAACAUUAUGAUAAUGCUAUUGUUAGUGGAAAAUUAGCUGGAGAAAAUAUGACAGGGGCUCAUAAACCAUAUUGGCAUCAAUCAAUGUUUUGGUCUGAUUUGGGACCAAAUGUUGGAUUUGAAGCUAUUGGUUUAACUGAUUCAGAUUUACAAACUGUAGCUGUUUAUGCUAAACGACAACCAGAAGAUGAAGAACCACAAGAAGAUAAUGAAGGAAAUCGAGAACAAAAAGAAGUACCAUCAACAGCUAAUGAAUUAAAACAUAAAAUACCAGAAAGAAAAACACCGACAACAACAAUGGACAAUAAAAAUGAUUAUAGUAAAGGUGUUGUGUUCUAUUUAAAAGAAAAUAAAGUUGUGGGUGUUGUUCUUUGGAAUAUAUUUAAUCGAAUUCCUAUUGCACGAAAGAUAAUCAAAGAUCAACAAGAAAUUACUGAUUUUCAGGAACUUGCGAAACUUUUUAAUAUUCAUCAAGAUUAG